UAUACGAAACUCACGUGGGUUUUGUCACUAAAUUACAAACAGACGCUAAUAAUUGUAAAUUUUGAGUACUUAUUUGUUAUAGAGUAUGUGAAUCGUGACAGUUGUUGGAAGCAUGUGAAUCGGUGUAAAUCUUACUUAUUCGAACUAAUGAUUAUGAGAGCAGGUCAUCGCGUGGAUUGUACAAAUAUUUACGUUAUUGGUUAGGCCGGUUCUUUUGAAAAAACACGUGUUUUUUUUCGUUAACCAGCUGAACGCGGUUCUCUCAGAAAUGAGGUGUCCUCACGAAGUUGUUGUCACCUGUGACAGUUCGUCUGAAAAUUGGAGCGCAGCUACGUGGGAUCCAUGCACUGGAUCUAUGCUCUCAACCUACAAACAUGCCAGUGCUCUGGGGCAUCACUCUUUGCAGUUAUUGAAUGACUCUUAUCUGAUAGGCUCCAAUGCCACAAAACCAAUUCUGCACUUGUGGCCUCUGAACAGUCAAACGCCAGUUCCAAAUUUGAGGCUCAGUACACCAGGCAGAACUACUGCACUGGCAUGCACACCUAAUGGCUCGUACAUAGUAGCAGCAAUCAGUGAGAAGAUCUAUGUAUGGCAAACUUGCAAUGGUCAACUUUUCAACUCUUUUGCCAGGCAUUAUCAAUCUAUAACUUGUUUGGAAUUCAACAAGGAUGGAUCUUGCUUGGCCAGUGGCGCUGAAGAUGGUUUGAUUUUUGCUUGGUCUCUUAGUCAGAUUGCUAGUGAGAAGGAAGCAAAACCAAUUAGUUCCUUUUCUCAUCAUUCACUGCCUGUAAAAGAUCUGUACUUUGGUCAAGUUGGAAGUUUUGGUCGGUUGUGCUCAGUCUCAUUAGACAGAUCUGCAAGAAUUUACGACGUGUAUGCUGGCCAGCUACUCUUGACAUUGGUAUUCGAUGUUCCUCUCAUAUCAGUUUGUAUGGACAUUAUGGAGAACGAACUCUUUGUUGGAUCCUCUACUGGAGUAGUGAUAAAGUGCAACCUACGGGAUCCUCCCAGGGGAAUAGAGCAUCAUGUUCCUCUCAAUGGAAAUGACAAAAUCACAGUUUACAAGGGCCACGAAGGUAGCAUCACAGCCUUGUCAGUUUCGGUUGACUGCAUCACUCUGCUGUCUGGAUCUUCUGAUGGGAUGGUCCACCUGUGGGACAUCCCCAGCUGCCAAAUCAUUCUCACUCUCAAACACAAAGCCCCUAUUGUCUCAGCAUUCUUUGCCACGUCGUUCGAGAACUUCACAGCCAACAAUCUCAAACCGAGCUUGCAAGUCAAGCCCCUGCAGAAGGUAUCCGAUCCAGGCAACAAGAAUACUCUGAUCGAAAUAAUCAGAACCAACGAGGACGACUCCUGGAUACUAGAGUUUGAUUCGCAAGUAGAAGCUUCAACAACUGCAGCUUCGGACAGCUCGGCCAACGACUACGAUUUCAAGCGCGAAGACGCUCUGAAAGAGAUUCAGAGGCUUAAGAAAGUCAACGCAGAAAUGUACCAGUACAUAGCCAAGAACAUUCUCGAAAGCAACGAAACUUCAACAUGAAAACACAAGUGCAUCUAUCUCAUAAGAAAAUUCUUGUACAUUGAUCCUCACACGUUUGUAUAAUUUUUACUGUAAAUAGAAUUUCUCAAAAAAAAAAAAAAAAAAAAAAAAA